AUGCCGCCUCACGACGCCGCAUCGCUCACGAUGGAUGCGGCAUUGAUCGAGGUAAUUUCUGCCCUUCGCGCCUCGCUUGCGCCUCGUGGCAUUAAGCUCAUGGUCGUUUUGCUAUGUGAUCCGAUCAUGUUCGCUCAAGGCAUCGAUGCUCGCGUCGCACAUCUGCGGCGAGCAUCAGGCCUCGACGCGCGUGGAGCUCUAUUUGUGCUCAGUUCUGGUGCCAAAUCAGAGCUGUCGUCCUUCGUAACGAGUCUAGUGAAAGCGUCUGAAGUGCUGACAAGCGACUACUACCGCGAGCAUGCCCGACAUGUGCGCCGAAACCGAGCUCGGUAUCCGCCGCCGCCUUCUGUUGCUCAGCCAAUCCUUCAGGUGGCCAUGAAGGCUGGCCUUUGCAGUGCACAAUCAACCAUGCUCAAUGCCGCUGGCUGGCACAUACGCACGCAUUACAAGCUCGGCGCGCUUGCUGAGCUCCAGGGAGACAUGGCCGAAUCUCACUCGAUGUAUGCAGAGGCCUACAAGACCCUAAUGCAGCAGUACCUGCCAUACCCGACGGUGGUUCUUCCUCGCACGCGGCGCUGGGCAGAGGCGAAGGUCCUUGCUGAUACCCUGUCGUUCAAGCUCAUCAAACUUUUCCUGUACGAUAUGAAAAAAUUGGCAGCGCGCGUGCAAUUCCGACAACACAACCUACAUAUCACGCGCUUAUGCACGCGGUGGGGCAUCACAGAUCAGACGCACGAAUACUGGGCAUGGCUAGCGAAGCAGUACACAUUUAUGGCAGACUUACUCGAUGAAAAGAAACUUGUGCCAGCGCGUCAUGGGUUCGAUGUACCACUUGUUCGGUACCAAGCGGCUGUAUGUCAGAUGGAACGUGCUCGAUGCACAACUCGGCUGGAUUCCUCAAGCCGCGAGGCCCGCGUUGAUCAUACAGCGCUGAUUGUGCCGGAGCUUGAUCGUGCAUACAAAGUUCUUUUCCAGCAGCGACGUUUGCGUUUGGCGCACUUGGUUGCCGUUCGCCUGGCGUUGACCUUGGCUGAGACACAGCCCAAACGAGCGCUUAAUUACCUUACGCGGACGUUGCAGUGGUACCGGCGAGAUCCGUGGCACGAACUGUCGUAUGCGCUCGUACUGGAAGCGCUUGCGUGUGCGAUUCGAUGCAAAGACGUUAACUUGAUAACACGCAUGGAACAUGAAUGCCGCAUUCCCGUUCCUCCAUGUCUUGUCUCCAAAAGAACGCACAUGUUGAAGGAUGUCCCAUCUGAUUCAUCCUGGUGGUCAGCGCACAGCGAUUCAUCUACCAACAUCCAACUGGGUACAGAAGUUGGUUCACGAACCAUAUAUGCACGUGCUGCAUUCGCUCGCUCUUUGGCCACAGCACCUGCCGCUGACAUGCCAUGCCAGGUAGUCAUAUGCCUGCCCUUUGACUCACCCGUCGACGAGCUGCACCCUCUUUCGGUCCAAGUGUAUCUUGCGGGACAAGAUGCGCCGACCGCUGAAAAGCUGGUGUCUGUGGCUCAGGCUGAGGCGGACAGCGGCAACAGUAAUGUGCGUGCGCUUGAUCUUGGUGAACAAAAAGCAACGAUGUGCGUGGACGCAGGCCAUUCUAACUUCCCGCAUCAGGCUGCAAGUUCUGUCGCAUGCUUUUCACUCCGACGUGCGCAGCCACUUAUCGUGAAUCUACGCUUUUCUACUGACGUGCCUGGCAUGUAUGAAGUGCAUCGCGUGGAGUGCGUAUUUAUGGAGCAUGGGCAAAACGUGCAUCUCCUCUGCGAUAUCGAUCGACGUUCGCCUAGUGUGUGGACCUUGCCCAAUGGCUCGUGUAUCCCACUGCCUGCGACACAGAAGCCACAUGCACUUCGUGUGCGUGCCCCAACAUAUGACGUGCAUGUGCCCCCGAUCAUGGCUUGUGGACAGAUAGCUCCACUUUCUUUGAUAUCGCCGAACGAUGCAAUACUGCCGCCUGGUAUUAGACUUAGCGUCUCGCCUUACAAGGGCGACAAUGAUGCGGCAAUUAUCGAUGUCUGUGGCAAUGCACAUGCUGAACUCGAGUUGACAAGUGCUGCAAGCGGCGGUGACGUCGUGGAAGAUGGUCAUGAGAGCGGUUGGGAUGGCCUUCAUGCCAGCACCAGCGGCCAACCCAAGACUCAUGAUUCGUCGAGAACUACAUGCGCUUCGACCAGCGCUCCAUCACCAAUAUGGCUUCGUGCGCCGCAAGAACCUUGUGCUGCGAUGGAGGUUCUUCUUCUGCAGCCCACUGGAGCUUCACGGCGUACCGAGCGCAUCCACCGCGUGGUCAAGGUUGUGCCUUCGUUUUUAUGCAAAGCUCAAAUCCGCUGGGGUGGUGCAGCACAGCAAGACGGAGUGCUCUUGCUCAACAUGACGUAUGAAGGCCCUCUGACCGUGCAGGUGAAGCGAGUUCACGUGGAAACUGCUCCGUCGCUCGGCGUGAGCGUGGAUCCGAUUCUGGGAUACAUGCCGAACGAAACUUGGUAUACUGGUGACAGAGCCGCAUGGGCCGCACGGCUGUGUGCACAGGCACCUCAAGGGACAGGCGCAGCGAACCUUGUGAUUACAUGGCGGAGCAUCGGUGAGCCCAAUUCACCCGAACACGUGACGCGCCGUCCGCUCCCUGAACUAGGCUCGCCAGCGCUCCAGCAUGUCGAUGUCAGAGUAUCGGCGCCAUCAUGCUCAAUGCUUGCAGCUGCAUUGCCUGUGCAAGUGUCCUUCAUCAACACAAGUGACGAGCAUAUCGCUGAUGUACAGUUCACCAUUGAAUCAACACCUGAUUGGAUUGUGUCGGGGAUGAUGCGCCACUCGGUGUCGAUGCUUUUACCUUGUGAAGAGCGCCUUGUUUCGCUAGAAUUAUGGCCUCAACGUGCGGGAAUAUGGAAACUUCCCAACAUGAAUGCUACUCAGAUACAAGCUAGUAAUUCUGCAUUGUCUCUGCACGUGCACAAAGUGCCCAACGAUAUCGAGAUCACACCAAGAUGA